AUGGUCACGGGAAUAACAACGACAACAACAACCAACGAACAGAUGCUCUCAUUACAACCUACCUCGCCCCAGCUUGAUUCCUACAGCUACGCCAUGUCUGAGCUGCCAUUUCAUCUAGAAACUCCUGCUGUGCAAGCAACUCCGGUCUUCAGUUCUCUAUCUUGCCUUUUCUGUAAUUCACCUUCAGACAGUCUUGAAGAAAACCUGGAACAUAUGCAAAAACGGCAUGGAUUGUUUAUUCCAGACAAGGAGCAUUUGAUUCUGGACUUGGAAUCUCUGCUAGAAUACUUGCAUCUUGUGAUUUUCGAAUACAAAGAAUGUCUUUACUGUCAUACGAGCCGCCGCACCAUACAAGCAGUUCAGCAACAUAUGAUGGGCACCGGGCACUGCAAAUUUGAUAUCUCAGACGAAGAUUCUGAGUUUCGGGACUUUUACGAAUAUGAUGAGCCAGAAGCAAGCUUUUCCGAAGAAAACCAAGAAAACAACCAGGUGCAGCUCUGGAGUCGCGGCACCUCGACAUCUCCAGUCCAAGUCGACGAUACCAGCAUGAGGCUACCCUCGGGAAGGAUUGUAUCCAACCGAUCAGCCCCAGCACCUCGCCAUCCAUCGCGCAAGCCUCUGGAACCACAACCUCCGAGACAUGCUUCAACGAUAUCCGUUGCGCCUGCUGUCGCCAGCCACUCAGAUGCAUCUGAAUCCUCAAGGGCAAGCGAGGACCCUACUUUGCCGAAGGACCUUCCGUCAUCUAAAGCAUUGGCAAAACAAGAGAGGCAAAAAGCAGCAUUGGCUGUCCAGCUCUCUAGUAUGCGGAGCAGCGAUCAGAGGGCCCUCGCCCAUUUGCCUGCCUCCGAGCAACGAGCAGUGUUGUCACAAGCGCUGCGGCUGGAAGCGCAGUCAGAUCGCGCAAACAGGCAAUUUCGGGGUCAGAUGGAUAGUUUGGGUAACGUGUUGAUGAAAGCUCGGUUUGUCAAUGAUGUACCAGGAGCCUCCAGGGCGCAUAAGAAUCGAUUUUUCGCGGCCUAG